CUUGGGCCCAGGCUGUGGCAGCGCUGAUGGUCAUCGGCCUCAUCAUCCUCAUCUUCGCCUUCAUCGUCUCAGUCAUAUCCAUGUGUAACAUCAAUGUUGGUCUCUUUCGUGGCAUAGCAGUUAUGCUGAUUAUUGUUGUGAUCAUCCAGAUCAUCGCUCUGAUCAUCUAUCCCAUCAAGUUUAACGAGAAGAUCUUUGAGGGCCAGUACAACUACACUUGGGCCUACGGGUUUGGCUGGGGCGCCACCAUCCUCUCCCUCGGCUGCGCCAUCCUCUUCUUCUGCCUGCCAAAUUAUGAAGAUGAAUUGAAUGGAAUAGGAAAGACCAAAUACUUCUAUACUUCUCCCUAAAGACACAGCCUGCUCGCCGGCCCACUUCCAGAUAUUUCCUCUUUUUUUUUUUUUUUUUUAACUCAGUUGGAUCCUUUUUGCUUUGCAUCGUUUCACCAAAGAUCUACCGAGUCGCACCUCAGUUAAAUGUUUCAGCAAAGGAAUUAUCCCCACCCCCAAAUAGCUCUAAUGUUCUGAGCUGUUUAGAUUAAGUCUGCUUCUUCAUAUCUAUUUUUCAUUAUUUACCACACUAAAUAUUAGAAUGCAGUCUCACCAAAGUGCACUUACCCUCACAGAUAAGCAAUCCAGAUUCGUAAAUGAAUGUUUCUCAUAAUUUUAUUAACUUUUCCCAGAUUUUGUAACUUACGGCAAGGCUUGAUGUGUAUAGACUCCGUAGUUUUAACAGCCGUUUGCACCUUUUUUAUGGAUUCUUAGAAUCUUUUUGUCUGAGCAUUUGUUUUAUAUUUUUAGUAUUACUACUGAGGUGUAUUUGGGAGAUUAUUGUGCUGGAUUGAGUUUUAUUUUUUAAAGAAUCAUUAUUGAUCGUGUGUCGGUGUUUGUUGUAAUGGGUGAAAGAAGAAAGAGGUGUUUUUUUUUCCAUUUCCUAAUUCCAGUGUAAUAUAUCUUAUUUGGAGUAGCUAUUUUUAUUUUUGUUUUCCAGCAACACACUACUGAAUAUGAGCUGCCUUGUUUUAAUGAUGUCAAAUCUGGUUAAGAGGGAACAAAAAUAAAUGCUGUAUUUUAUUUA